GUGAAAAUACAUAAGAGUUGGGCGCAUUACCAAAGCAAAGCAUCUAAAGGGAACGGAGAGUGACGUAAACCCGACCGUUGAAAGCACCCUUCCAAGUCGCCGCCGGUUACUCAAACCCGCCGAAGAAAAAUAUCUUUAAAGCUCCCAUUUACCUUUUGGGAAAGAUCUUCUUUUUUUGGCUUCAUCUUUCUCAAUCCGUAAUUAAUUGAUUCAGUGCUGUCUUUCUUCAAUCCCAUCUCCUUACUCUCUUCCAGGGUAAGGAUCUUAUAUGAUAUGAUAUGAUCUGGUAAGAGGAGUAAGUCUCUGUGAUCGGGGAACUCGACAUGGAGGAGAGUGAAAAAAAGGGGAGAAAUGAGCAAGAAACCGAUAAGGCUUGUGUUCCAGUUGAGAGAAUUGGUUCUACCUUACUCUCAUCUUUGGUGAAGAAAGGCAAAGAAACAACAAACAAGAGAAAGUAUAAUAAGCGCAAAACCGAGGAAGAAAUCUGUUCAAAAUCCAGGAACAAGAAGUAUUCUCGAGGAUGGGUUCGUUGCGAGGAGGAGGAGGAAGAGGAGAAGGGUAAGAGAACAAGGAAGAGGAAAAGUAAGAGACAACAAAAGGAUAAUAAGGUCGAGUUAGAUGAAGCGUUGAGAUUGCAGAGGCGAACAAGGUAUUUGCUUAUUAAGAUGAAGAUGCAGCAGAAUCUUAUUGAUGCAUAUGCAACUGAAGGUUGGAAAGGUCAGAGCCGGGAAAAGAUAAGACCAGACAAGGAGCUUGAGAGAGCUCGGAAACAGAUCUUAAACUGCAAGCUUGGUCUACGCGACGCCAUUCGUCAGCUGGAUAUGCUUAGUUCAGUGGGAAGCAUCGAAGAGAAAGUGAUGGCUCCAGAUGGUUCUAUUCAUCAUGACCAUAUAUUUUGUGCGGAAUGCAAUUCUCGAGAAGCUUUUCAGGACAACGAUAUAAUACUAUGUGAUGGAACGUGUAAUCGCGCAUUUCACCAGAAGUGCCUUGACCCUCCUUUGGAAACAGAAAGCAUUCCUCCUGGAGACCAGGGCUGGUUCUGCAAAUAUUGUGAUUGCAAAAUGGAAAUCAUUGACACAAUGAAUGCGCAAAUAGGAACUCAUUUCCCCGUGGACAGCAACUGGCAGGAUAUCUUCAAUGAAGAAGCUAGUCUUCCUAUUGGAUCUGAAGCUACGCUUAACAACGAAGCAGAUUGGCCUUCGGAUGACUCUGAGGAUGGUGAUUAUGACCCUGAAAUGAAGGAAAACGGUGGAGUAAGCAACAGCAGAAGCGAUAGUGGUGGUGAUGGUGAUAAUGAUGGAGAAAGCAUUUCAACUAGCUUGAGCCUAGCUUCUGAUGGUGUAGCCCUUUCAACAGGAUCGUGGGAAGGCCAUGGAUUUGGAAAUAUGUUGGAAUCAUGCGAGACAAGUAAUGAAGAAACUGUAUGUGGGCCAAGACAGCGGAAGACUGUUGACUAUACAAAAUUAUACCAUGAAAUGUUUGGAAAGGAUGCUGUUUUGCAAGAGCAAGGUAGUGAAGACGAAGACUGGGGUCCGAGUGACAGAAGGAAGAGAAGAAAGGAAUCUGAUGCAGCAAGCACACUUGUAACUAUGUGCGAAAACAGGAAGAAAGAUGAAGAUGUUGAAGAAAUACCUGAACAGAGUGAGAAAGAUUCUGUCUCUGUAGAAGGCAAAGGAGGGCGAAGGCCGAUGUUCAGACUCCCAAGAGAUGCAGUUGAGAAGCUACGUCAAGUGUUUGCAGAGAAUGAGCUUCCUUCAAAAGCUGUGAGGGAUAGUCUUUCAAAAGAGUUGAGUCUUGAACCAGAGAAGGUCAGCAAAUGGUUCAAAAAUGCACGGUAUAUGGCAUUGAGGAAUAGAAAGACGGAGAGCGUGAAACAACCUGAGGAUUCUAAGGUGUUCUCUGGCGAUUCUAGACCAGAAGCAGUCAUGGAGAAGAAGAUAGAGACAAAGGAAAUUCAAGAUACUGUGGCCGAGACUGUCAUGGAGAAAAACACAGAAACAAAUGAGAUACAAGACACUGUGGACGAGACUGUCAUGGAGAAAAGCACGGAAACAAAUGAGAUACAAGACACUGUGGACGAGACUGUCAUGGAGAAAAACACAGAAACAAAUGAGAUACAAGAUAUUGUGGACGAGACUAACACAGAAACAAAUGAAACUCAAGAAACCAUGGACGAGACUAUUCCGCUCGGAUUUAAUGAUUCUACGAAUCAGACAACAAUUUCUCCCUGUAUUGAUAACCAGGAGGAAAUUCAACUCGCCAAUGUCUCCUUGCCUAAAUCCAUAGAAGAUGAAAGUCAACAGGAUCCGGAGCAGAAGGACUCUUCUUUCACUCUAGUGCCACAUGAAGAGCUAGGCAGCGAAAUGAGCUUAAAGACUCCUCUUGAGGAUAAGGAGACAGAGAGGAAGAUGACUGAAGAGGAAGAAUUCGAAGCAGUGAUGGAGGUGCUUUGUAUGGCAGAAAACAAGUUACUGGAUGUGACGCAGAGGCUUGAGAGAUUUAGAACACCGAAAGGCCGUAAAAAGUUAGGCAAGUCUUCUUCUUCUUUACCUGAAGAAGACUCGGUAGUAUAUGUUCCAACAGCAGAGAUCAAGGAGAAAAGGUAAAAAGAAACUUAGAUCUCUAGCAGAAGUUUUGGUGUUGUUAGAUUCUUUAUAACUAAAGAAUGCCUCAUGUAGCUUUUGUGUUUAUCAAUUUGUAUGUGUCAUUUAAACUUGAAAUAAAUCCCGGAAAAAAAAAACACUGGGGUUUUAAUUAAUAGAAUUUUAGCUCUGUUGAUUUAACACAUU